GGAUCGCGUUGUUCCCUCAACCUCAACCUCGACCUCGACCUUGACCAUGGCAGCACUGCCCCCUACAUUGUGCUCGGCGCGCAGCAUUGCUCACACCAUUGCCGAUUCGCAACAUGUGUUGGGUGCCAGCCCCGUGCACAGCUGGGCCGACAAGACACGCAGCGGCCACGCCUUUCGUCUCAGCCCUGCUCAAGCCUGCCAGCCAGGCUCGACCGACCUCACUGAUCACACACGCCGCGGCACGCGCUUCCGCCCCACCCCAACGACCUUGAACAUGGAUUUGAUGCAUAUGGGCAUGGACAUGGACGAUGACCUGGGCAUGGACAUUGGCUCGGAGGCGCUAGCCUUGACCUCUUCGCAAGACUCGAUCUCUUCUGCCACCUCUUCAACCACCAACUCUCCACACGCACCGCGCCUGUCGCGCCACUAUACCAUCCAAUCCACCGUGGCCGAGGCACAGGCGUAUGGCUACGAGGUGGCUGAAGCCUCCUUGGCUCGCCCCUAUACCCGUGGCCUGGCCUACGCGCUGACCGACUCGCCUGCCCGCCACCUCCGCUCGGCCCAUCUCCACCGCGCUUGAGCCUAUUGCCUUUUGCCGAGGGCCCCAAUCCAGGUGGAUGGAGGUGGCCACCCAACACCAUUUAUUUUGCCACAAGGCUGUCGCACGCAUCAUUU